UAUUGAAUUAUUUCAUUAAAAACAAGCUAAUUUUUUAAAAAUUGUUGAUUUUUCUUUGAAAAAAUUCAUUUUAAAAUCUAAUUAUCCGAGCUUUUAAUUUUUAAGAUAAUCUUUUUUUAUUUUUAUUUUAUAUAUUUUUGGGAUGGAGAUUAUAGCCACUCCCCACCUGAACAUUGUGGGUAAUGUGCGUUUUGGGUCGACAAAUUUGUAGUCCACAAGUAUUCUACUUUUUUUCUUUUUUUUUGGCUAAACAUCCACAUGCAUUUUGCUCAUUACUAAAAUUUGAAUGAAUUUUAACUCAUGGAAGAAAUGAAUAAUUUACCGCCUUCAUUGAUGAUUUUUCAAAAUAUACACUAAACGAAAUUUGCCUUUGGCUGCUGGCAAAAAUGCUAUAAUAGGUUAAGUAGUAAUGUGAGAACCAUGACCCGAGGGGACUGAAUUUUUUGGAUAUCCCCCACUUGACAGUGAGUCUCAUAAUGAAGACUUAACUAACAAUGUUCAUCCUCUAGAGGGAUGUACAAUGGAGUUGCCGCUUGAUUUAUUCUAAUCAAGAAACUCAAAUGAAAAUACAUCUUAUUAAAAAUGAAAUUCAUAACUACAUUUCCUCAAUAAUGGUGAAAAUAGAAAAUUACAUUCCUCCUUUCCCUAGUUACAAUUUAAGAUAGAAAAUUACAACAAUUAAAUUCCUAGUUACAAAGUAAGAAAAUGAGAAGAAAAUCAGAUUACCCAAGCCAAAUCCCCAACCAUUAUCUUUUAAACCUCCACAUGUACUUGCUGAUGAAACUCAGUUACCAUUGAUGUUGUAAGCCUAUGAUAGUAUGGCUCACUUGCUCUGUGGAACCAUCUCAAGUUUUAACACAGUUUAGCUUGGAAUUGGAUAAAGGGGGCAAAUGUUAAUUAAUUUGAGAAUUUGUGGGGACAAUGUUAUAUCUGAAAGAUUGGGUUUUUCAAAUUCAAUUUGACCAUACCUCCAAAGUGAUAAUGUAAUUUACCCAUUUAUUUUUUGUGUUCUUUCAUUCUUUGUGUCAAUUCUUAUUUAUGAAAUGGAUAAGUACAAGUUUUUGUGGCCCAGAUAAAAAGAUCUUUUAUCUAUGUAUAUACUAUAGCUAUAUGUACAGUUUAAAACUUUUCAAUCUUGUGGGGGCGUGCACCCACAAGGAUUAAACUCUUAUUGGCUGUUCAAUUGUGAGAAAUCAACUAAAACAUAAAAUUGCUGAAUAAAGUGAGGACAAGAGAGAAAUAGUGGCGCCAGAACUUGUUGGCAACAAGGCAACAAGGCUUGAACUAUUAUUGGAUGGUCAAUUGUCAUAAACAUAAAAUCAACUGUUACAUAAAAUUGCUUAAUAAAGUGGACAUAAAAGGAGUGGUCGUACGUUAGCAGUUGGAAAGUACUUCCUUUAUUUGGAGAGCAAAAAUAGCUAUGUUCAAACGUAUCUCACACACACACAUACAUAGAUGAUCUAGGAGCACAGAUUUUUCACAGUUGAUCUGUUGUGAUUGAUAUAAAACAAAAUUUGUGUUACUAGUAGAAUCAUAUGGAAAUAAUUUUCCUUCAAUCAUAAUUUAUUAGAUUCUCAAGUUGUAAAUAUAUACAAUUUGCAUCCUGAGUUAUCCCUUUUGAUCCCUUUGAAAAUGUGAUAGGCACCUGCAAUAGAUGAACAGAUUAAUACAGAAGGAACAGACGGCAGUUGAUGUAAGUGACAUGCAUAAUAGAUAAAAUAAAGCUGUUUAAUUUGGCCUCUAGCACCAAUAAUUCUGAUUAAAACUUAAUAUUACUACAAAAUUGGACCUUUAAAAAAUAUAAGGAAACAGUCAUACCUCAAAUAGCAAAGAAUCAAGAUUUGAUACAGAAUCAACACAGUGUUAAUUAUAAAGCUAAAACCACUAGCAUAUUUAGCCUCCACAAAUGUUAAAAACCAAGGUGCAGUAUAUUGUUCUUUGCAAAUCUUUGCUGUAUUAUUGUUCCUUAUUGUCCCAUGAAUACUAAACCUUUGCCUUAAAAUAAGAGUUUCUGUACUUGUUCCCAAUGCUUCAAGUUCCCCCCUUUCCUCUUUUUACUUGGCUCUUCUUCUUGUUUAUUCUGGUUAUUUACUGGAAGAGAUCUAAAGCCAAAGGCCAAAGCCAUAAGUUGCCACCAGGGCCAUGGAAACUGCCUCUUAUUGGGAAUUUGCACCAGCUAUUUUUCUCUCUACCACAUCGAUCUUUGAGAGACUUAGCCAAGAAAUAUGGACCUAUUAUGCAACUGCAGCUGGGAGAGGUCUUAGCUAUAAUCAUUUCAUCACCAAAAGUAGUCGAAGAAGUGCUGAAGACGCAUGAUACUGCUUUGGCAAAUCGGCCAAGUGUUCUUGCCAUUGAAGCUAUGUCCUAUGGUAAUUCAGAGGGAGUUCCAAUCAAUCUCAGUGAGAAGAUCUUCUCCUCAACAUAUUGCAUAGCUUCCAGGGCAGCCAUUGGGAAGAAGUGCAAAUAUGAAAAAGAAUUCAUAUCAUUAAUCCAGGAAACGUUUACUCUAAGUGGAGGUUUUGACUUACCUGAUUUGUUCCCUUCACUAAAGUUCCUUGGCUUCCUUACUGGUAUGAAGUCUGCGUUGGAGAAAAUACAACAAAACUUGGAUAAGAUUCUUGAUGAUAUAGUGAAUGAGCAUAAGAUGAAAAGAAUUGCCACGUCAACCAAUAAACAUGAACCAGGUCCAGGUGAUGAAGACGGUGACGAUGAUCUAGUUGAUGUGCUUCUCAAACUUCAGGAGAUGGGUGAGCUUGAAUUUAGUAUCACAAGCAAUCACAUCAAAGCUGUUACUCAGGACAUCUUCACUGGAGCGAGUGAGACUUCAGCAUCCACAAUAGAAUGGGCAAUGUCAGAAUUAUUGAGAAACCCUAGAGUGAUGGAGAAGGCACAAGCCGAAGUGCGACAAGUUCUACAAGGGAGAAGGAAUCUUGAUGAGACAUACAUUCAUAAACUAGAUUACUUGAAAUUAGUUGUGAAAGAAACACUACGACUACAUCCUCCUGGUGCCUUGGUUCCAAGAGAAUCAAGAGAAAAAUGUGAAAUUAAUGGGUACGAGAUACCAAGCAACACAAAAGUAAUCAUAAAUAUAUGGGCUAUAGGAAGAGAUCCUGAAUAUUGGAUUGAUGCUGAUUGUUUUUGGCCAGAGAGAUUCCAUGGUUCCUCUAUUGAUUUGAAAGGGACAAACUUUGAAUUCAUUCCAUUUGGAGGUGGUAGGAGAAUAUGUCCAGGCAUGUCAUUUGCUCUUGCAAUUGUUGAACUUGUUCUUUCUCAGUUACUAUUUCACUUCAAUUGGAAACUCCCCAAUGACACCAAACUUGAAGAGCUUGACAUCUCUGAGUCUUUGGGAUUAACCUGUAGGAGAAGGAAUGAUUUGUAUGUAAUUGCCACUCCUUGGGCUUCUCUUUUUAAUUGAAAGACAGUGAAUAACAAAGGACAGUGAAUAAGUAAUACCUCUUGUUGCAAAUGAUUGGAUGUAUUUAUAAGGUACCAAUUCUCUUACUUGUGCGAAUAAAACUAAGUUUGGAUAUAUAGUAUUUUAUUUUGAUA